AAUAAACUUUCAUAAAUACAACUGUCAAAUUAGAAUACAAAAUUUUAUUCAUUUUAUAAUCAGAUUAUUAUCACCUAUUAGAUAUUCUAAAAAUUAUCUAAUUGAAUGACCAAAACUGUAUUUGUGUACAACAUUUUAUAGACUCAGUGUAUAUAAUAAGCAAAAUAAUGAUAAAAGCUAUUUUAGUGUUUAAUAACCAUGGAAAACCAAGACUGUCGAAGUUCUAUCAAUAUUUUAAUGAAGAUAUGCAGCAACAGAUAAUAAAAGAGACCUUUCAAUUGGUCUCUAAGCGCGACGACAAUGUCUGCAACUUCCUUGAAGGGGGCAGUCUCAUCGGUGGAUCUGACUACAAGUUGAUAUAUCGCCACUACGCAACAUUAUAUUUCGUGUUUUGCGUCGACUCAUCUGAAAGUGAGCUGGGAAUUCUUGAUUUAAUCCAGGUGUUCGUUGAAACAUUGGACAAAUGCUUCGAAAACGUUUGCGAGCUCGACCUGAUCUUCCACGCGGACGCCGCUCAUCAGGUCCUCGAUGAACUGGUGAUGGGUGGCAUGGUGCUGCAGACCAAUAUGACAGAUAUACUCAGCAGGCUUCAGGAGCAGAAUAAGAUGCAGAAAGCUGAGGCGGGGCUUUCGGCCGCACCUGCUCGUGCCGUGUCAGCAGUGAAGAGUAUCAACCUGCCGCAGCAACUGAGAGACAUGAAACUGCCCGACAUCCCGCAGGCCAUCAAGGACCUGAAAUUCUGACCAAUGCAGCAGGCGUAUUCUGCCACGCCGGUUGCCAUAGCAACGAACCUAUUUACAUCGAUCUAUCCGCAAAACGACAAAUACCAGAACAUUCACAAACAGGACUUCAAGCUGUUCGGAUCUGAGACGCUCAGCGCUCGGUUCUCCGAGAGCUUUUCUGAGAACUAUCAGCAAACGGACGGCGUCAACUUCCCGAAUUAUGAGAGCAGUAGUGCCCAGGGCUAUCAGGACUUGAGUGGAACGGUUGCGAGUGGUCGCGUGAAACGGAAGAAGAAAAAGAGUAAGCGUUAAUUGGUCGAACUAUUGGAUGUUGUUAAUAUAAAGGAGUCUGUCCACUACAUCGUGCCAUACCAUGACCGUGCUAUGAACGUAACAGGUACGGAUAAAAACAAGACACGGUCUACUGAAUUCACUGUAAAUUUGUAAUACAAGCAAUUUAUAUUUCAAUAGAGAAUAUCACUGAAUACUUAUCAAUAUAAGAACAUUUAUUUGAAUAUGUCACGGCUUGAAACACACACACACUAUACAGCUAUCUAAUUAAGCUGUAAUAAAUUAAGCUGUCUCAUGUAUCUUUUCAAUGUAAAGUAAGUAUAUUUUUUCCCCAUAUCAUCCUAGCACGAUCAUAAUAUGAUGCUAUGCAGUGGGUAGACACCUUUAUGCGCCCUUGCAUGGCUCUGUGGCAGUAUCAGUUUUUUAAGAUAAUAUAUAAUAAUUAUGUUUUUAAGUUUGAUAUUUUUGUUAAGAUUUAAAUAAAAUGUGUAACAAGCUCAAAGCAUGAUUAUUAUUAUUAGAAUAUUAAUAUUUAUUAUCUUUAAGAAAUGCAACAUUGGUAUGCAGUAUAGGUAAAAAUGGCGGAAUAAUGACAAAUAUAACGUAGAAUAGUAUCGUAAAUUGCGUAUAGGUAAAAUGGGGUAUUCACUGUCCGAGUACACUUAGUCGCUCGUGUAGGUAAACACGUGAAGGCAUUCGGAUGACUCGGACUCAUACAAGUGCACUCGGUCUUAGGCUGAGUGCACUUGUCUAUAGUGCGUAGUUGUGUUUUACGUAAGUAAAGUCUCAUCUAAGUCAUUUGACAUCUGAGAUUAUGCUGAACGUAAGCUAAAAUAGCCCAAUAGAAAGAUCAAGCAUCCGAUUAUACACAGUACACUGUCGAUAAACAAAAUUGUAGAUUAUUAAGUCAAAGUCAAAAAAUCUUUAUUCACUGUAAAUCUUUAUAAGUUAUUUAGUGCAAGUCAGGAUGAAGUACAAAUGUUACAAUAGCAUUCAAAUAGGUAUAAUAUUCAUUAACAAAAUUUAGAACAUUAAUUCCAACUAUCUUUAUCAUUCAAAUAAUCUUUCACAUAAUACUUAAUAGGCCAUAGAUGUUAAUUUAUUUUUUACGAUACAUUUAAAUUAUUUAAAAGGUAAUAUUUUAAUAUCAUUUGAGAGUUUAUUAUAAAAUUUAACACAAUCCACUUUAAAAGAUUAAGCAAUUUAACGGAGCCUAUUAGAUGGAAUAUUAUUAAACAAACUCUUAAAAUAGAAAGUAAGAAAAUACAUACUGCUAUAAAAAGUAAAGAACUAAAUUAUAGCAGUAUUUAAAAAAAAAAAACAAAAAUUGAUUUAUGCGAAAUGCGGACUUGAUAACUUCUUUGUUAUGAGAAACGGAACGCAUUUUGAGAUGCGUGACAUCUAUGGGUGACAGCAGACAGUGUUGGAAUUUUAAAACGUCGAACGACAGCUGUUGUGACGAUAGAAGGAAUUGUUGAACUCCUUUUCGUUCGGCUUACAGUCGUUUUUCAUAAGUCGUCGUUAUGGUGAACGGCCGUUCCCAAUCUAUCUAGAGAUAGAGAUAAAUUAUUACCUUCUACUGUCAGUAAUUAGCUGUCAAUAAUCUGAAGCUGUACCAAUAUACCCGAUAAGUCAUUCUUAUCGCUUUAUAUUGGGACCCGUGAAUCGCAAUUCCCAUACAAACUUCUAUUGUUGGCCCAUUGACAGACAGCGUCUAUGGAUAAGGUGAGUCACCGUCGAUAAGUUUAUUGGGACAGAAAAGUCAACGACAGUUACGAUUAAAACCUCAAGUAAGAGAUAGACUGAACAUUGGGAACGGCGGUUAAUGGAAGCUAAGUGCUUAGCGCGCACUCAACUCUCUAAGUCUGAUCGAGUCAAUGUUCGCUCUCAGCCGUAGUGUACUGGGACAGUAAACACCUCUAAAAAGCUUAUAUUGCAAAACUAUGGAGAGUAUCGAAUAAUAAGCGAAUUCUAAACUUAAAUGACAGUAAAAGCAGCUCCAUCAUAAGUUCGAGAGUGAUUGAUGUUUUAUUGUAUAAUAUGUAAUAAUUCAUAUUAGUAUGUAUAUUAUUCUCUUAUGUUUUAAGAAAUAUAAUUUGUAUUGUUGAA